ACUAGUCUACCUUCAACUCUCAAGUUACCUCUCAAAAAAGAAGAGGGAAGAGUAAUUCUCCUUCAAAGGACACGUGUCCAUCCAUCACUGGCCCUCUUCAUUUGUUCAGUCCAAUUGGGUUACUGCAUGAUCCUCUAUAUAAACAACUCUCACAAGCGAUUCCAGCACUGCAAAGGAUCUGCUUCACAUUCUCUUUCGCAUUGACCCAAUUACAAGGAAAAGUAGCAGGCUGUAAAUGGCGGUUAUGAAGCCUGGAGUGAUUGCCUUGUUUGAUGUUGAUGGGACUCUCACUGCUCCCAGAAAGGAUGUUACUCCGCAAAUGUUAGGAUUCAUGCGAGAACUCAGGAAGGUUGUUACAGUGGGCAUUGUGGGAGGAUCCAACCUUUCUAAGAUAACAGAGCAGCUUGGAAAGACAGUUAUGGGUGACUAUGAUUAUGUAUUUUCUGAGAAUGGUCUUGUGGCUCACAAAGAUGGGAAGCUCAUUGGCACCCAGAGCUUGAAGUCACAUCUUGGAGAUGAUAAGAUCAAGGAAUUUAUCAAUUUUACACUUCACUAUAUUGCUGACUUGGACAUACCGAUAAAGAGGGGUACAUUUAUUGAGUUCCGAAGUGGGAUGAUUAAUGUAUCACCGAUUGGGCGAAACUGUAGCCAAGAGGAAAGAGAUGAAUUUGAAAGAUAUGACAAGGUUCACAACGUACGCCCCAAAAUGAUUUCUAUCCUUCGUGAGAAGUUUGCUCACUUUAACCUGACAUUUUCCAUUGGAGGACAGAUAAGCUUUGAUGUUUUUCCUCAAGGUUGGGACAAGACAUACUGCUUGAGAUACCUGGAGGAAUUUCAAGAAAUCCAUUUCUUCGGUGACAAAACUUACGAGGGAGGAAAUGACCAUGAAAUUUAUGAAUCUGAACGAACUGUGGGUCAUACAGUUACCAGCCCUGAAGAUACAGUCGAGCAGUGUAAAGCUCUCUUCUUCAGUCGCUGAUAUGAAACCAGUCUUUCAGUUUUCAAUCAUAUGCCAUUUUUUAAAACAAGAAGCAAAAGUUGUAUGUCAUUUGUAAUUCUAUAUUUUAUGAGAGUAAAUGUUGAGCAGAAGUCGGAAAUGUGUAAUAUUUAUAGACACAAAUAUGUUGGUUGAGACAUGCCUUUCUGCAUUGUAUUUUUUGUACCAUUUGUUUCGAUGUAUCAAUCUAAAAAGAUAUUUUCUUUGCACCAA